UCUCAGUCAAAGAUAUUUAUUAUCUUUGGAACCAUCGAUUGCUAAUAUGUGCCGACGAUGACAACCACACAGCUGUAAUAUGGGCUAACAUACACGUUUUACCAAGUUUUACCUCCCUUGAAAGUAGGUGAUCGUUACAACAAAUAGAUCCUGCCGUAUUUUUGGAGUAUUGCUGUAUGUGGCUGUAUCCAUACUGCCGGACACACGAUACGGCGACCCAAUGGGCGUAUUGGUGCAACCCAGCUAACAGGGAGUGGGGAAAACAACUUUGGUAAUGAAAGUUCUAGAAACUCUAAGAGCUUCUAAUCCGAACCUGAAAGCUCAAGGUUUCUAUACCAGUGAGAUUAGGCAAGGAAUGGAGAGAGUUGGGUUUGAAGUGGUGACUUUAGAUGGUCGCCAGGCUCCUCUUGCCUCUACCACUGUAUCUAGAAAUAGCAGGGCAGAGUCACAGAGAUGGCCUAGUGUUGGAAGGUUCAAAGUGGAUAUAACCUCAUUUGAGUCACUAGCAUUGCCUGAAUUGCAGGUUAAAGAAGAUACCGAUUUAUUCAUCAUUGAUGAAAUUGGUAAAAUGGAGUUGUUCAGUUCUUCAUUUUUCCCGGCUGUGUUACGAGUGCUUGAAUCUAAUAUCCCAAUUCUAGCUACCAUACCCAUCCCCAAAUUCGGACGUGACAUACCUGAAGUUGCACGAAUGAGGAAUCAUCCAGGGGCUACAAUAUUCACGAUCAACACAAGGAACAGAGAAGCCGUGAAAGAACAGAUUUACACUCAACUCGUAGAUGUGCUACCAAGGACCUAAUUCUGUACGAGGCAUGUGCGGUCUU